UAGUAGAGCUUAACUAUGCAAGGAUGCUCUGUAAUAAAGGAGGCUGGACUGAACGGGCCCAUAUGCCAGCAGCAUACUCGGAGAGGAAUAUCCAUCUCGCGGGUUAACCCCCUCUUCUCCCCACGCGAUCUCGCCGCCGCCGCCGCCGCCGCCGCCGCCAUGGCUUUCUCCGCCCGGAGAAGCCUCACGCUCUCCCACCACCUCACCCGCCGUCUCCACCCCUCCCUCUCCCACCUCGUCCCCUCCCACCACGACCGCCGCGAAGACCCCUCCUCCUCCUCCGCCGCCCCGCCGCCCCCAGCCCAGCAAACUCCACACCUCCCCUCCGCCGACCUCCGUCGACGCGCGAGAUCCCAGAGCCUACCCCUCCCGCUCCCCUUCGGCGCCCACCUCUUGGCCCACCGCACCUUCUCCUCCUCCUCCUCCUCCUCCGAGAUCGAUGCCGCCGCAACCGUCCUCACCGACCCCGCGGCCGACCAGAUGGACGUCGCGGCGGGCGUCCUCUCCGACGCCGCGACCGCGGUCGCGCCCGCCUUCCCGGCCUCGUUCCCCGGGGAAGUGGCCGCCGCCGCGGCCGACUCGUUCCCCCCGGUCGCCGCCCUGCAGUACGUCAUCGACGCCGUCCACUCCUUCACCGGGCUCAACUGGUGGGCUGCGAUUGCCGUCACGACCAUACUGAUCCGAACAGCCACGAUUCCGCUGAUGGUGAACCAGCUGAAGUCCACGAUGAAGCUAAAUGCAAUGAGGCCAGAAAUUGAGGCAAUCAACAUGGAGAUGCGAAAUUCAAUGGAUCCACAAUCGAUGCUAGAGGGGAAAAGGAAAUUGGGCGAGCUAUUCACAAAGCGUGGUGUUAAUCCAUUGACACCGUUAAAGGGUAUAUUCAUCCAAGGGCCUAUAUUCAUGAGCUUUUUCUUUGCUAUACAAAACAUGGUGGAGAAGGUCCCUUCUUUGAAAGGAGGUGGAGCAUAUUGGUUUACUGAUUUGACAACUCCUGACGAGCUUUACAUCCUCCCAGUGUUGACAGCAGCGACAUUCUUGGCUACGGUGGAGCUCAAUAUGCAAGAAGGCAUGGAGGGAAAUCCUAUGCUGCAAACAAUGAAGAAGUUUUCUAGAAUAUUGGCUGUUACGACUAUACCAUUUACCAUGCACUUUCCAAAGGCAAUUUUCUGCUACUGGGUGACAGCAAACUUGUUCUCGCUUGGGUAUGGUUUUGCUCUCCGGAAGACAGCUGUGAGGUAUUUCUUGAAUCUUCCUGAGGUAAUACCACAGCCUGUACCAGCUCAAAUGUCGACGUUCAGCCUUUUCGAGGGACCGAAGUCAUCUCCAGCAGUUGAUCCAGCCGCUGAAGUCGAGGGGUCUGAGCCUUCUAAUGCCGAACUAAAAGAUAGGGUUGUAGAUCUUGAGAAGAAGAUUGCAGAACUUGAAAAGAGGGCUAAAGCUAGAGGUGAAUCUGAAGAGUAAUAGCUAACAAACCAAUUUUGCCUCUGUAACUUGUGUCUAGUGGCGAAGGAUAUCUAGCACAAACUGAUAUAGCACCAAGAUUUGACUUGGACUAUACAGCUAUGCAUUUUUUGAGCAUGUGUGGUUAUUGUCGUUUCGAGCGAAUAAACCUGAGGGAUCCUGGCAACUAAAAUCACCAGCUUGUUUUGCUGGAUUAAGCACAUUGAUGCCUUCCAAGCAGAAACCUUAUGUAGGUGGGUAUUCUUGUACUACUAGAUUUGACAUUAAACAAUCAAGCGAUGUAAUUGUUAUUACCUUGUAGUUGCAAAAGGUAAGAAUUCAUCC